UGGAUUUUGUAUACUCAGCUGGCUGUCAUGGUGCUGUGUGUUAGAAUGGAUCGAUAAAUCAGGACAACCGAAUACACUCCUUCCAGACGAAGACGUCGAAAAUGAUAGACAUGCACUGUUUGAAAUAACUAGAAAAUUUAAAUAAAUAUCGAUGAAAAGUUGCUGAUUUCGCUACUGGAUGAAAAACGAUUGGAUGAAAAUAUUAGUCUUCGGUGGGAUCGUGUUCUUUUUGAGAAAGCAAACAGCGUCCAUGAUUAGUGCUUAUUCACUACCGAGGACCAGGUGGAGGAGGUAUCAUGGCUGGUAAGGUGAAAUGGGUGACUGACAUAGAGAAGUCUGUGCUAAUCAACAACUUUGAAAAGAGAGGAUGGGUCCAAGUGUCUGACAGUGAGGACUGGAACUUCUACUGGAUGAGUGUUCAGACCAUCAGGAGCGUCUUCAGCGUGGACACCGGUUACCGCCUAUCAGACGACCAGAUGGUCAACCAUUUCCCCAACCACUACGAGCUGACCCGGAAGGAUCUAAUGAUCAAGAACAUCAAACGGUACCGGAAAGAGCUGGAGAAGGAGGGCAACCCACUGGCCGAGAAAGACGAGAACGGCAAAUACCUUCACCUAGACUUUGUUCCUGUGACGUUCAUGCUUCCCGCGGACUAUAACCUGUUUGUGGAGGAGUUCCGGAAGAGUCCGUCCAGCACCUGGAUAAUGAAGCCUUGUGGGAAGGCCCAGGGGAAAGGCAUAUUCCUAAUCAACAAGCUGUCCCAGAUCAAGAAGUGGUCCCGGGACAGCCGAACCUCCACGUUUAUGGCAGCCUCUAGUGGCAAAGAGGCAUAUGUCAUAUCGCUGUAUAUUGACAAUCCCCUGCUGAUAGGUGGGAAGAAGUUUGACCUGCGUCUCUACGUGCUGGUGACCACCUACCGCCCGCUGAAGUGCUAUAUGUAUAAACUGGGAUUUUGCAGGUUCUGCACAGUGAAAUAUACUCCCAGCACCAGCGAAUUAGACAACAUGUUUGUGCACCUUACUAAUGUAGCCAUACAGAAACAUGGGGAUGACUAUAAUCACGUCCAUGGGGGGAAAUGGACGGUCAGCAAUUUGCGCCUCUACCUGGAGAGCACCAGGGGGAAGGAGGUGACCAACAGACUGUUUGACCAGAUUCACUGGAUCAUGGUCCAGUCUCUGAAGGCUGUAGCACCAGUCAUGAACAAUGACAAACACUGCUUUGAGUGCUACGGGUAUGACAUCAUCAUUGAUGACAGGCUCAAGCCCUGGCUGAUUGAGGUGAACGCCUCGCCUUCGUUAACCUCCAGCACGGCCAACGAUCGCAUCCUGAAGUACAACCUGAUGAACGACACGCUGAACAUCGUUACGCCCAAUGGGGAGCUCCCAGACUGCCGCUGGAACCGAAGCCCACCCAGGGAAGCACUGGGGAAUUACCAAGUUUUGUACGAUGAGGAGCAGGCGCUGAGUGAGAACACUGAGAGGGAACUGAGGAGCCGCUCUGGCCAGUCCCUGGGGCCAAAGGGCACGAGAGCCAACAGCCUGCGCCCCACCCCGGCCACCUGGAAGUGAUGCGCGCACUCGGGGGUGCGAUGUCACACUCGGCGUCCCAGGAUGCCCCCCCCCCCCCCCGUCCCCUUCACUGCUCUUCCUUCAGAGGAAGGGAGUUUGGGAUUGGUGGCCGCCCGGGGGGACCGGACCACCGGAACCGCCCUUCCUCACCCCAGUGGUCUGACUAUACCCACAAAACACCAAGAGGGGGAGACAGGGAGGAAGAGAACCAUAGCAUGACAUCACUGAAUCCCCACUGUUCCUUGCACAGCACAGCAGAGAAAGAGAGAGAAGGGAGCGAGGGAAGGGCCAUAGAGCCUCGUAGCACAGUUAAUAGUUUGGUCCAGCCUGCAUGACCAGCAUGGCAUUUCUCCAGUACGGCAGUAUUGGGACUCAGAAAAGGUGAAUCCCCGUGUUGUAACAGAUGCAUAUGAGGCAGCCUUUUAUUAAGCUUUUUCUAUAUAAAUAAGGAUUGCGAGUUGUAAGAGAGUAUGUGUACGUAUGUUUAUAUGCACUGUUCUGCUCACCUUGUUCUCUGAUUGAAUAAGUGUGUAUGUAUAUUAUAUAUAUGUGUGUGUGUGUGUUGAUAAACAGUAUGGUUUCCACCUGGCUCAUUAUUUGAGUGAAUGCACACAUUUCUGGUGCAUUUGACAGUUGAGGUUACAGAACUCACCCUCAAAUCAUGCUCAUGUAUACAUUUAAGCUUUCAAAGGUAAUCUCCAUAGUCGAUGUUGCCCAAUAAUAGUACACAGUCGCCUCCUUAAUUAAGGCUUCUUUUGCCAAACAGUACAGGUUGUCCAAAGAAAACUGGAACACCUGGAACUGGAACCAAGGAUUCCAAUAAUUUUUUUCUUUUAAUUUGAAAAAUUGCAUAUAUGGUGACAUUCUGCCAUACAUGUAUAAAACUUGUUUCCCUAAAGAGGUGAUUCAUUCAUUCAUUUUGUAACAUGGGCUGUACAUUUUGACAUGUUAUAUAGGAUUCGGUAAGGGGAACAAAUGUUUAAAACUGACUCCAACAGUAAGAGAGCUCUUAGCAAAAUGUAACAACCACACUUCACUCCCUCCUCCUCCUUCGUGCUCUACUCCACACUGUCCUUGUGACCUUGCUGGCUCUCACCUGAUACGUUGUGUGUUUAAGAUUCCUGGUUCACCUUGUGCAAGCCAAGCAGUCCUUCCAAGCAGUGUAACACAGCGGAGAAAGCAUUUUUAUGUUUUACCGUGUUCAAGAGGACCUGUGAACUGCAAAGUCUGUAUAUUUAAACCGUGGGGUAAACUGCAGUCUCUUUGUCCCUCUGUGAAAUCCAUCUGUGUUGUGAACUGUUACAGAGGGUGUCCUGCACCUUUUACUGUGUGAACCACUGACCUUUACUUAACAUGCAUUUUAUAGGUCAGCGGUCUGAACAGAGGAUUGGCUUAUAAGUGCACUUGUAAAGCCUUUCAGAUUUGUUUCUACGUUUGGUGCUUAGUUUUUCACUGAAAUACUUUUGUCAAUGGAAUCAAGCUGGAAUUUUUGGUAAAUUUUUAUUCUGCCAAUAUAGUUUAACCCUCCCAAAUUUGUGUACAGUAUAUGUAUAAGGAGUGUAUUUAUUGUUAUGGUUGAUUGCUUUUCCAAAUACUAAAGGUCACUAGCUGUCUGCUGACGUCCUGUAUUUUAAUAUUGGCCUGCUCUUAGUAAUGUAUUGCCCACCAGGGCCUACCAAAGGCAUAUGCAAUAUAUAACUAAUCUUGUCAAUGGUUGUCAAAAUGUUGCUAUUAAAGCGAACCCAGCCAAACAAUCCAGAAAUAUAAUUGUAUAUGCACACACACACACUUAUGAAACUAUUUCUCGCAACACCCUGGCGUCCCGACCCCCGGACAAUUUGCAAAGUCUCAACAAAGAAAAAAAAAAUCGAAAUUGCUAUGUGCCCAAUGCUCUUUUUCUAAGAUGAAGACCCUCAAACCCGUUCACCCACACAACAGGUCAGACAGUGAAAAUGUUUGCCAAGUUUGAUUCGAAAAACAUAGGAAUUAAAAGCUUGCCCCUGACUUUUAGGAAUAUUCAGUAUCCCAGUCUGUUAUUAACUACCUACUGUAUGAGAAUAAAAAGCACAUUAUUUAGCUGUUAUAGCCACAAGUUACUACUAAUACAGAGCAAAUAAAAUGGUUAGUCUAUGAAGU